AUGGAAAAUUUACAAAGGCUUUGGUGGGACGAAGAAACUGGCUCCAUGUCAAAUGACAGUGGACUUUUGACAGUGUAUAUUUCACCGAAAUGCAUUUAGUCGAAAAUAAUAGUGUUGCAUUUGGUCUGAAGUUAACAGGUUUUUUCGGUCUCGCUAUCAAAAAGUUACAACAAAUUUCGGCCAAAAAUAAUUCGAUGAAAUGGACACUAUCAAAAAGGCAAUGUCAUUAGACCUGAACCCGAAGAAACUAUCCAAAAUUAUCAUGUAUUGAAAAAGUUCAACUAUUGAAGACUUGAAUUAUCAGCUAUUGCGAUUAUUCUGUUUUCAGCUGGGUAUCUUAUAUUUGAUUUUGAAUGCUGAGGGUAUGUAGAGCUUUGCCUUAAAAUGGGUUUGGUUCAGCUUUUAAUAUAUAUCUCAGUUGUAUUUUUCGAAAAUAGAGGACCCUAUAUAAGAACUUUAUUUGUGGUUGCUCUUUCGGAGUAUAAUUGCUUUAUUUGGUGGCUCCUAGGGCAAAGCCAAUAUAAGUCAGCAAAAUUGUUGCUGUCCAAUGUUGCUCUUUCGUAUACAAACAUAUUCGAAUGGCCUUUUAUAUUAAGUCCAUGAAUAAGAGGAUUUAUUUUAUUCAAACACUUAAUUUUUUGGCAUUAUUAUAGCUAUUACUUCGAAGAAACAGAGGCUCAAUAUAUGCCCCAUUUAAUAUCAUUUUUAUUAAUAUGGCUUUGUGAUCUAUCCAACAGAAAUUCAAGAAAAAGCUCAUUUGAAAGAUUUUUAUCCAGAAAGAAGUUGGAAAGUGCUGAAAAAAGACUUAGCGUCAUUUUUAAUCUAUUUCCUGAUGGAAUUUUGAUACUAUCAGAGAACAAGUCGAUUUUAUAUGUCAAUGCCAUUACUUCGCAAUUUUUAGAAUGCAGCCAAAACAAUAUAAUUCCAACUUUAUCAGCAAUUGAGUAUUGUCAAGGUAAAAAAUAUUCCCAUUUAUCAAAUUCUAAUAGACUUAUUGAUGAUAUCAAUCUUGUGAAAAAUUUGCAGCUUAAUCAGCAAGUUGUACUGGGAUUAAGCCAAACUGAGUCACAUAACUUAGAAUGGCGAGUACAAAAAGUUCUAUGAGAUGAUCAAGAAGCAGCAUUAUUGACAAUUAGAGAUGCAAACCACAUAAUUAAGUUGGAGCAGUCCAUCUCUGACAACAAGCUUAAAAAUAUUUUAUUAAGAUCAGUAUCUCAUGAGCUGAGAACUCCAAUAAAUGCUAUCACAUCUCUUUCAGAUGCUUUGAAAACAGAAUCUGAGGCUACUGGAAAAGAGAGUUUUAAAGAAAAACUUGACAUAAUUUCUGUGUCUUCAAAACUUUUGCUUUCAUUAGUAAAUGAUUUAUUAGAUUACUCUAAAAUUUUAGCUGGGGCUUUUUCUAUUCAAAAAAGAAGAUGCUUACUAAGAAGUAUUAUUUAUGACUCAGUAAAUCUAAUAAAACUCCAAGCAGAAAAGAAAGGUCUUAAGUUAGUCACUAGAAUUGAUCCUAUGCUGCCAGCAUAUGUUUUUACUGAUCCUCUCAGAUUAAGCCAAAUUUUGCUUAAUCUUUUGAGCAAUGCUUUAAAGUUUACAAUUAAAGGGAAUAUAGAAAUUUGUUGUAUUUUAUCUUCAAAAGAAAAAUUAAAAGUCAUUGUUUAUGACACAGGGAUAGGAAUUGAAGAGUCACGACUUUCUAAUAUUUUUAAGGAGUUCAACACACAAGUCAGUACGACGAUCAAUCCAUCAGGAUGUGGACUCGGGCUAUUUAUUUCAAGCGCUAUUGCUAAAAAACUUGGCUCAAAAUCAAUUGAAGUAAUUUCAGAAGUUCAAAAAGGUUCUUCUUUUAGUUUUCUCGUAGAUAUCCAAGAAGAAGCAUUAAUAGAUCAGCUACCUAUUGAAGAAAUAAACUCUGGAAUAAUUUCUGAAGAUCUUCCUUUAAUGCAAAUCAAAGAUUUUAAUAGACUUAUUGAAAAAGAGUAUCCAAGGGUGCUAGUUGCCGAUGACAAUGAUUUUAAUAGAAUUGCUAUUGGGGCCUUGCUUGUCCAUUAUGGAAUUUCUUGUAAUGAGGCCUGCACAGGGAAAGAAGCUGUAGAAAGUAUCCAACAAAAUGAUCGGAAAAAGAAGCCUUAUAAACUUGUUAUUAUGGAUGGUAGUAUGCCUGAGCUAAACGGCUGGGAAGCAACUAAAGUUAUCCAUCAAUUAUUUUUUGAUGGAAAAAUUGAUGUCUUGCCAAUAAUUAUUGGGUAUACUGCUUUCAGCUCUGAAGAAGAACUAACUUUGUGCACUGAGUCCGGCAUGAAAGAGUGCUUAAUUAAGCCUUGCAAUCCUGAUGUUUUAAUUAGUAAGGUGUUGCAUUAUUUAGCAACAUAA